AUGUAGUUGUAGUUGAUAGUAAUUACUUUUAUUUUAGUAAAUAUUUUGUAUAAAUCAACUAAAGUUUUAUGCUAAAACUGCCCUUAAAACUGCUUUUAAUGCAACAAUAGUUUAUAAUGCUCUUAAUGCAACAGUGGUUACAGAUUAGAUUAAAAUAAUCAUACAUGCCUUCCUUAUUGUAACUUUGGUUAAUCAUAUGAUGUUCAAUCAAAUUCUUGUUAAUCUAUCUGCCCUAACUCUUACUAUUCUGACUCAUAAACAAGCCUAUGCAAGCCUCUCUUACCUUGCCCAACAAUGAAUUAGUAAGGUUAAAGUUUUUUUGAUGUGUUUUUAAGCAUGAUUUCAUCAUCUUCAGGUAAAAUAAUAGUUUAAGGAAUGGUUGGAGGAAAUUAUAGCUCAAAAAUAAUCAUAUUAGACAAUCAAAAUUACUAGCCUGUAGGAUAAUUAAUAGGACAUGAUGAUGGAGUUAUUGGAAUGUAUAAUUUAAGAGUAAAUAAAAUUAAUGAUCUAGGGAAUACAUCAAUUUAGCAGGCAUAGUUCCCUCAAGGUUAAGAAAUUCUUAUAUCAGUUAGUAGAACAUAACUAAUAAUAUGGAAUUUAAAUUACAAUUAAAUAUUAUUUAAAAUAUUAUUACCUAAAUCAUUAAUAGGCUAUUAUAAAUUAGUUUAAAUAACAAAGGAUUAUGUUAUUUUAAUGGAAAAUACUGAUACAUUAAAUAAUUUUGCAGUAGUUUAUAUGUCUGAAAUAGUAAAUUUGCCUAUAUAUUAGCAGUAAACUACUUCUACAUUAAUUAGCUCUUCCUAUAAAUUGUUUAGUAAUGCCCAUAUAAAAUCAAUUACUGGAAUAUUAAUUUUACCAAAUUAUUAGCUUAUAAGCUAUGGAUAGGACUAAAAGAUAGUUGUUUGGAUUAGCAUCAAUUAACCAGACAAUUUCUAAUAUUAGUGUUCAUUUAAUAGUCCUGUUAACUUAGUGCUACAACUAUCUAAUUCAAGCUAUCUUAUAUAAAUAGAUAAUGAUUACUCAUUAUUUAUAUAUAACAGCUUUAAUUGCAAUGAAAUUGAAACGUAUCAUGGUAAUCCUAUUUAGUAAAUAUUAGCAAAUCCAUCCCCUUAAAUGUCAAAUAUUAUUUAUUUCUUUAGCUGUAGUAUUUCAGAAGUGAUUUUAUAUAUUUAUGAUACAAAUUAAUAGAUAUACUCAUACAUUUCUUAAGUAAAUUCAGAUAAUUAGUAUAGAUUUAUUACAAAUAAUUACUUUGUUUUUAUUUCUUCUAAUGGAAAUGUAUCAGUAAAUUAAUUUGAUGAUAAUACAGGAAUUAUUUUAAUUUACUAAUAUAAUUUAUUUUUCAAAUAAUUAAAUCCAGUAAAUCAAGUUGCAGUUAAUAAUUAAAAUUUACUUAUUCUCUCUUCAGAAUUAACUAUUCUUUAAUUAACUCAUCUUCCUUAAGAUCCUAAGUAACUUCCAGUCCAAAUGUAGAUUACUGAUAAGAAGAAAAAUAUUAAAACUAAAAUGAAGUAUCACACUGACGCAGUGAAUGGAAUUUUGUUUGAUAGACUCUAUGAUAGGGUUAUCACUUACUCUAUUGAUGGAAGCUUUAAGAUAUGGGAAGAAAGGGUCUUAGAAAACUAAGGAAAUGUAACAGACUACAGAUUAGUAAUAGAACAAUUUCAUCCUUCAUGUAAUAUUUUAGUAGAUUAGUUUUGCUAUAGAUAGAUAUUAGAUAUGACUAUAGUUAUACCUAAUCUAUUAGCAUGCCUCUAUAAUGAUAAUACUAUAGUUUUAUGGAAUUAUAAUCCUUUCAAAGUUACAUUAAAUGCAACUCUAUCUUUAGACUUAAAAACUUUGUCAAUAAAUAAUAUGUAUGUAUACAAAAAUACUUUUAUUGCCUUCAAUAAUGCAUAGUAAUUGAAAGUUUAUAACUUUAUUACGAUGAACUUUACUUCAGUCAUUAAUGAUAGUUUUUAUUAUGCAGUUCUUGAAAAUAAUAAUGGAAUAGACUAUGCCUAUUUUAUAAGAGCUAAUUAAGGCCGAGUAAUAAUUAUGAAUCUUGCUACUAAAGCUAUUUUGAUGACUAAUUCGUAUAGUGGAAACCUGGGAUUUGCAAAAUAUUACUCUGAAAUUAAAUAUCUUUUUUUUUCAACUGUUUCAAAUAAUAUUUUGUAUAUAUACCCUUUUCUUUUUUCUGGUGUUAAAAGAUACUCGAUAAAUAAACCAGUUGCUAUUAGUGUUGAUGUAGUUACUAAAAAUUUUAUGGUCUACCAGUAAGAUUAUAAUAUUGCUUACUUUUAUUGGGUUGGUACUUCGCUUUACAUUUAUGGUACAUAUACUUUUUCUGCUUCAGUUCCUUAAAAAUUAAGUGCCCCUCUUUCUAAUCCUGAAUAGCAUUUUUUUGUACAAAAUACAGCUUUUCCAGCAAUACAAAACUAAGUUAUUUCUUUCAGUUAUCAAUACAAUAAUUAAAUGCUUCUUACAUUUGCUGAUAAAAUUUCAAGUAUGGCUAUAGAUCCCAUUACUAAAAAGCUAUAUUUAGGUUUUGAAAAUGGAAAUAUUUAUUCAGGUGGAAUCUCUACUAAUUAUUAUGCAUACAUAGAUUCAGCAUAUUACUUUAAUGGAAUUUAUUAUAAUUAAAAUAAUCGCUCUAUUUAUGCCUUUAAUAAUAAUAUUCACCAAAUAGACACAACUACUAUGACCAAACCAAAAAUAUAUUCAGGAGCUCAUAAAUCAACUAUAAAUGAUAUCAUUAUUGAUAUUAAUAAUAACUGGAUUGUCUCUUAUAGUAAUGAUACAACAAAUAAUUUUUAUAGAUGGAAUAUGAAUAGUACAAAUGUAAGUUAAUUUAAAGGUGGAUAGACUUAAAAUAUUUUAAGAGCUUUUUUAGAUUUAGAUGUUGAUAUUAUAAUAAGUUAUUCAAGCGAUAUGACUUUUGCAGUAUGGCAAUAUUCAAAUUAAACUCUGUUGUAUAUAAUUAAUACUCAUAUUUUAGAAUAAGCAAAGUAUAAUGCAAGUAUUGCUUCUAUUCCACCUGAUUAACAAAUACCAUAUAAAAUAGUAUCUUAUUAUCACGAUCCUAUCAAUAAAAGAAUUAUAUCUAUAAAUAAUAAUCAAAAUUUAUUCAUGCAUUACUAUUGUGAUGCUCCAAAUGCAAAUCCUCCCAUUAAACAAAAUACCUACACAACUUACACAAUACCAAACAUGAUAGAUUUAUAUGUUGACCUCGAUCCAGUUUAUGGUAAGUUUUAUGUAAAAGUCUUAAUUAAUAUGAUUUAUUCACUUCAAACCUAUAAUUUUCAUACUUUUGCUUAUGAGUAGUAACUUAGCUAUCACACUGAUAAUAUCCUUGGAAUGAAAUAUAUUAAUACUAAAAGUUAUUCUUUUUAGUAUACAUUAUUAGUGAUAAUGGAUAGAAUGACUUAAUAAUUUAUUUUAUCUAUUUCUACAUAAAAUCCUCUUAUUACUAAUUUUAUAGUAUUUGAAAAGAUGGAUCAUAUUUAUUUAUAUAGUGAAUGGUACAAAAAUGUUUUAAGUUAUAGACUAGCUGUACAUCGACUUUCAACAGGAGUUUUAAUUAAAUAAAUUCUUAAUUCAUAGUACAUUGAAAAUGGAAACGUUAAUAUGGUUUUUCUAGAUGAAGAGCAUUAUCAGUUGCUCAUUUAUAAAUCUUUAAUUCUUAAUAUUUUCACAGUUGAUGUGAGAACUUUUUCUUACACAAAUUAUUUUACCUACAAGUAUAAUCCACCUCUCAAAAAAGCUAUGUUUAUUAAAGAACAUAAUCUAAUGUGUCACAUAGAUGCAUAUUACUUAGAAAUUUAUUAAAUGGAUUUUUCAUUUAAUACUGAUAAAAUAGAACUAAGUAUGGUUUAAUAAAAAUAACCAAGUUACUUUUACAGCUAAAAUUCUAGUAUGUUAUAUUAUAUAGAUACUGAUAAUAAUGCAUGGUAGUUUGGAAAUUAAGGCCAGCAAGGAAAGUUUGUUUAGAGUUUAAGUUUAGUACGUUAAACGCGCUUUUAAAAUGGAUUCUUUUAUAUUAUUACUGAUCAGUAGAUAAUUUAAUUUGGUGAAAUUGCUAGUAAUUUGUAAUAACUUUAUUAGGUCAAUUUUGAGAUAAAAAAUGCUUAUUUUCUUGACAAAUUUAUUUUUUGUGAAGACUUUUAUUUUAAGCUAAUAAAGUUGUCAUAUAAUCCAUUGAUUUAAAUUCAAUCAUUUAAUUUUUAAUUUACAAGCAAAGUUAAGUAAAUUGUGUCAAUUUCUAACUUAAAUUAAAUUAUUGUUUUCUUAAUUAAUUCGUCUAUAUAUAGAAUAGAUGUAAUAGCUGAUAAGCUUUUGAUGUAGUACUCUAGCAUAGCAAAUUUAAAUAUCAUUAAUUAUGAUAAUAUAAACUCAAUUUUAAUUCAUCAUUUAGAAACUGGAUUUAUGAUAUUCUAUUUAGAUUUUGCAACACAAAGUGACUAUAUGAAUAGCUAAGCGAGGAGCCUUCAAAUUUAAAAUACAGACCCAGUAUAUUCAAUGUUAUUUGAUUACUAAUAUAACAGAAUAUUUGUCCUUAACGUUCGUAAAGUAAUACCAAAAAUAAGGGUUUAUACAUAUAAUGUUACUACUGUAAAUAAUGUAAUUUAAUUAAGUACUCCACAGCUAAUUACAAUCAUCCCUCCACCAACAAAAGCUUAGCAUUUAGUUAUGAAGAUUUAAAAUAGUCAGUUAAUAGUAUAAGCUUAUUUUUAAAUUAAUACUUAUAGCUUGGAUAAAUUAUAGUUAUAGUUGAGUAUUAGAGAUUCCAACUUAUUAUAAACCCUAAAAUCAUUUGAAAUUCUAAAUGUUUAAGGUUAAAUAUUUCCUUAUGUAACUUAAUACGAUUCAUUUUCUAUUUUUCAGUAAAAUCCAUCAACAAAUACUUGGGGGUUGAUCAAUAAACUUUACUAAUCAUUUCCAAAUCUAGCCGCUAAUACUUAAAUAUUUAAUCCAACAACUAAUUAUUAUUCAACUUAGGUUAUAGGAAUAUCAAACGGAGUUUACUUUAAUUAUAAUUUUUUCAUUUAAAAUUUUAAUAGCUAAACUUAAAACACACCUUCUUCAUCAUCCUUAAGUUAGCUUAAAUGCUAUUAUGAGCUUCCUUCUGCUAAUACUUUAGAUAAAAUUUAGUCUUCAUUAAUGUCAUUUUAGUCCUCUUUCAAAUUGUUGAAUUUACAGAUGUAAUAAACCCUUUUUUAGAUUGAAGUAACUUAAAAGUUUUAUUAUGAUCCUUAACUCAUUAAUUUGAAUUCAUAAGUAGUUUAUUCUGGUUCUAACUCAAGAGCCUUAAUGAAUAUUAUUACAGACUCGUUUUCCUUAAAUUAGCUAACUCUGUUAUAGGUAAGGAAUUAUGAUCUUGACAUUAGUUAGGCAAAGUUAGUAUUAUUUAAUCCUGCUUCUAAAAUUAUUACUUUUGAAAAUGUGGUUUUUAAAAACACAGGAAAUUAGUUUUAAUUUUAGUUGAGUAAUUUAUAAAGUAUGAUACUUGAAAAUAUAUCCAUCUCAUCUUUGGAUCUUAAAGGUUAAAGUCUUCUAUUUAAUAUUUCAAACUCAGAUACUAUUUACAUAAACAAUUUCUAUAUUCAAAAUAUAUAUUUAUAUGAUGGAUCAUACUUGCUAGCUUUUGAAAAAGUAAAUUAUGUGUACAUAAAUAACCUAAUUUUAGAUUAAAUAAUUAUAGUAGCUUCUUAAACAGCAAAUAACGACUUGAUUGUUUUUAAAAACGUUAAAUAGAUAUCUAUUCAGAAUAGCAAUUUUACAAAUUUAACUUUCAAGUAGCUAAAUAAUGUAUAAAUGUAGUAGAAUUUAUAUAUUAUUUAAUCUUAAUCUGUAUAUGAUUUUGAAUUGUAGCUUAUAAAUGUAAGUUAUUUAGAUGGAGUGUCGUUUACUUAGGUUUUAAACUCAUAUACAUCAAAUUUCCAAACCUACUACUAAUAUUAAGGAACAUUUUCUCUAUCAAAUAGCACAUUUGAAAACAGCUCAAAUUUAUAGACUCCUUUAAUAUAACUAAGAGGUAAUUCUUAUCAAGUUAUUUACUCUACAUUUAAAAAUAUAAGUUGCUUGGCAUGUAAUGGAGGUGCUCUUUAAGUUAUUGAGGCUUAAUAGUUACUGAUUAAUUUUACUCAGUUUACUUUUUGCUCAGCUUUAAAUGGAGGGGGCUUGUCUAUCUCAGACUCAUACUAUAACCUCACUGAAAUUUAUAAUUCAAUAUUUAUAAAUAACAAUGCAACUCUGAACGGAGGAGCUAUAUAUUUAGAUACAACAAAUCUAUUUAUGCAAAAUUCAACUAUUUAAUAAAAUCAAGCUAUGAUAGGUGGAGGCAUUAGAUAUUUAAAAAUUGAGCCUGUUUUUAUUUACAUGAUGAAGAAUCAUUUAAACAGUGAUCUCUUAAAUCAGAAUAGAAAUCUUAAAGUUGUUUAAAAUUCUAUUAUAAUGAACAAGGCUACAAUUCAUAGCAAUAACUAUGGUUCAUAUGUAAGCAACAUAAAAAUUUUGUAUUCAAGUGUAGUAUAUUUAGAUAUAACUGGAAAUGAUGGAUUACCAGAUUCUGUAAAAAAUGAUAAACUUAACCUUUAAACUUGCUCUGUAAACAGAUUUUAGAGUGGUUAAUAUUUCAACUUUCAGUUUUAGUUGUUGGAUGAUGAAAAUAAUCCUCUCUACUUUGAUCUUGAAUUAGUAAAAAAAAAUAAGUAUCCUCCAUCAAUCUAAAGCGAAAUUAUGCAGUUUAACAUCAGAGCAGAUACAAAUAAUACAAAUAUUAAACUAUUUGGAUAGUAUAUAACAGACUACUUAAACUUUAAUAGCUCAUCAAAAUCAUUUUAAAUUUCUUUAAUGCAAUUAAUAGCAAAUCCUUAAACAUAAAAUAUGUUUUACAUAGAAAGUGAAUCAAUACUCAAAGUACCAAAUCCCUCACUAUAAAGUCGUGACAUUAAAUCAGGUCCUUUCCACAUAACAUUCAUUGUUGAUUUUAGAGAAUGUAUAAUAGGUGAACUUUACAGAUUACAAGGAAGUAUUUAUUACUGUCAAGAAUGUUUGGAUUAAACAUACUCUAUAGUAGAGCCUGAUAAAGAAAAAUAUUUAGAUCAAUAAUGCAUAAGGUGUCCAGAUUAGGCUGAGCACUGCUAUAGGAACUAAAUGACAUUAAAACAGGGUUAUUGGAAAUCGACAAACUUAACUGACUCUAUUGUAGAGUGUUCAAAUAAGUUAUCUAACUGUGUUGGAACUUAGGAGUAAGGAUAUUGCUUAGAAGGUCAUAUCGGUCCGCUGUGCGAGCAAUGUGAUAUUUAAGGAAAGUUUUGGAAUUAAAAAUACUAUACUGAUGGAUCUUUUGACUGUAAGGAGUGUUCAAAAUUAUUAAUGGCUAUUAAUUUAGUUCCAACAAUAUUCAUAGCUUUAGGAAUGGUUGUUUAUGUACUAAUAAGUAUCAGAAUUGCAUGGGAUAUUAGUGAAAUGAUUGUUAUAGGCUAUUAUUUAAGAAAACUUAAAUUUGCUCCUGUGAGUAAAUCAUCAUUUCUAGACACUACUAAUAUGAAUAUGAAAGCAAUGAUGAAUUACGUUUAAAUUUCACAAUUAGUUAACACAGUAAAAGUUGCUCUUCCUUCAUGGUUAACUUUUUUCCCUGAAUAUGUUGGUAAUCCUGUUUAAAAUAUGAUAUACACAUUGGACUGUUAUCUUGUAAAUGUAAAUUAGUAGGAUAUUCCAAUUGUUUUUAUGAGAAUACUUUGGGGUUUAAGCAUACCAUUUUUAUAUUUAGCAGGAAUGUCAAUUAUAUACAUAAUAUUUGUAAAGCUUAAAUUUAUGAGACACAAUCUAUCUUAUAUUUACAGUGGUUUGGUCUUUUUGUUCAUAUUUAUGCAACCAAAUAUGAUAUAAAACUUACUUGGUGCUAUGUCAUGCAGAGAAAUUGAUAAUUAAAAAUAUAUUUUAUCAGAUAUUUCUUUCAAGUGCUACACUCCAAUUCACAAGAAGUUUAUUGGAUUUAUUUUAAUGCCAGGUCUUUUAAUUUGGGGUUUUGUUAUUCCUUUUUUUAUUUUAUUUAAGCUGAAUAAAAAUAAAGAUAAGCUAGAUGAUGCUAAGAUAAGACUAAUUUAUGGAUUCCUAUAUUAGGAUUAUAAAACAAAAAACUUUUAUUGGGAGUUUGUAAAAAGUUAUAUGAAAAUAGUAAUUGUUUGCAUCUAUAACUUUUAUGGAGAUCCUUACACAAACAAAUUGGUGAUAGCACUUAUAGUUUUCAUACUUUAUAUAGUAGUGUUAGUAAAAUUUACUCCUUAUUAAAUGAUAUACUUCUAAUAAACAGAUAGAAAUUCAAUGGUGGUGAUAAUUAUAUUAGUUCUUAUGAAUAUUUUCUUAUAUAACAAGCCUGAUACUGUAUAAUCUUAAAUAUUUUAUAUUAUACUGCUAGGAAUACAUAAUGGUUAUCUUGCUUUUAUGUUUUUUGAAGUUAUAAAAGCUAAAAUUCAGAUUACUUUCAAAAAAUAGUUUGAUAAAAUUAAAGAAAAAUUAUCUUAAUAUUGUUCAUGCUUAAAACCAUAUUUAAAAAUUUAAAAAAACAUUCGCUUAAAAACAUUCUUAAACUGGAAAAAAAUUAAAAACCUUCUUCAUAACAUAAAAGUAGAUAAAGAAAGAGGAAUAAUAAGAGAUAAAAUUUUUGGUUUAUCUUCUUAAAUAGUAAGCUCACAAAGUAAUAUUUAAAGUCCUCUUAUUAAAUCAAGUGAGAAACUUGUUGGAUAAGAAUAUACUAAAAGUAAAUUUAAUGAUAAAUUAUUUAAUGAAUAAAAUAAUAUGCAAGAAUCCAUACAAAACAUAAAGAUUGAUAAUAGCAGUAAUAAUCUUGAAUUAAGUAAAAAAAAAGAAACAAUUUAAUUAGACAAAUCAGAUACAUCAAAUUAAUAAUCUCUCUAGAUUAAUAAUAAUAACAUCAAUCAGAUAUCAAUAUCAAUCAAUAACUAAACUAUUCUUUUUGGAAGUCCUUAUGUAUAAAUUUCUAAAGACGAAAUAAACGAGAGCUAAGUUAAGUUUGGAAGUACAUCAAAUAAUAGCAACAAUAACAAUUUGUCACCUCUUUUAAAUAAUUAAAGUUACGAAUAAAUGGUGAUAUAGAGUUUAAAUUUAAAUAAUAGCAAUUUAGUUAAAAGGGAAGGCUUGAUUAGCAAAAGCUUAAAAAGAGUGACUUAAUCAACAAAUAUAACUUUAUCGAAUAAUCUUACCUCGCAAUUAAUAUUAAAUUAAUAACUGUAGUAAUAGAAUUUAAAUAAUUAAUCAUUAUAAUUACUAUAAAAUUAGAUAAUAAGUAGUAUUGAUUAGACUAGAACUAUUGAAAACUAUUUAUUUUUAUAAGAGAGCCCUUUGAUGAUACCAAAAAAUGAACCAAAUAAUAUUUUUUCAGAACAAAAACAAAAUAAAUAAAAAGAAUAGGAAGAAUAAAAAGAAAUAGAUCAAGUAGCUAAUUCUGAUAUUAUUGACUCUGCUUCAGAUUCAAAUAAUUCUUAAAUUAAAUAAAAGUCUCCUUGUAAUUUAGAAAUUAGUGCCUAAGAAAGUUACUUUAAAAAGGAAUUUGAAAAUAUUAGCUAUGAAGACAUGAAUCAUUCUCAAAAGUAAUUUGAUAUGAUCAAAUAAGAGUAAAAUGAUGAAAUAAAAGAGCAAAGUAUAAAUUAAUCAAAGUAAAUGUCUGAUGUUUGUAAUGAAUAGAGUCAAUAAACCCCACAAAUAGACAAUUUAUAUACUCCUCAAUAUCAAGAUUAUUAUGGUCAAUAUUAAAAUUAUUUCUAUUAAAACUAAUAAAUAGAUCCAUUAAAUUUAAUUAAUUAAUCUGAUUAAAUAUAACCGAUUGAAACCAAUAAGCUAAAUGAUGUCAAUAUUGAAUUAUAAGAAUUAAAUUCCCUAAAAGAAGUUGUUAAAAGUAUUAAAUAAUAAAGUAAAAAAUAAAUAAAAUCUGCUAAUGAUUUAUAAUCUAGAGAAAAAGACCAUUUAAAAAAUAUGAACUUUAUAGAAGAUAAUUAAAUAUAAAAUCAAAUAUUUACACCAAAAAACUACUUUGGUAGUUAAACAGAGGACUCUUUUGAAUACCGAAAGCAAUAAACUGCAUAAAGCAGUGUGCUUACUAACUAUAAAAAAGUUCAAAGUUUUAAGUUUGAUAAAAAAUCAAAUAAAAUUAUAAAUCCAGGAACAAUUAUUAUGGAUCAUUAGACAAUACACACAACAGAUUAAGGAAGAAUCAAAUCUCAAAGUUUUGGCUAAGGAUUUGAAAAUUUAAAUAUCGGAAAUACAAUUAUAGAAUAUACUGAAAAAAAUGAAAAUUAGUUAUAAAAUGACUAAUAAGAAUAAAUUAAUUAUUAAGAUAGUGUUAAAUCAGAUUUAUUAAACUUUGAAAGCUUGCCUUAGCCAGAACACAGAGAAACACCAAAAAAAAAAAAUGAAAGUAUUACAAAUGAAUUUAAAAAUGAAGAAAAAGAUAAUGAAAUAAAUAGUUUAUCUGAAAAUGAGUGA